GCCUGCGCAGCUGGAUCGAGAACGCCACAAGCACCCUCAGGGAGAGCGGUGCCCUCCACAAGGCCCAAUCCAGAUCGAGGACUUCACCGCGCCCCUCACGUCGCGGUCCAACCUCAGCUGGGCUCCAGCGCCAGGCACUCCAUGCAGGGCUCGGUGGUCUCUGGCGCGCCCUCCACGGUGCUGAGCUUCCGGUCCGUGCAGUCGCAGUGGUCCGGUCUGCGGGCGGUGUCUUCGACGUCACUGGAGUCCAUUGCGAACUGGGUGUUUGCGAUCAACCCGCAGAACAUCCGGCCCACGAAGACCUACGAGCGCGUGAACAUUCCCCCCGGCGACCCCCGCAGGAACUGGAUCGAGGACUACCUCCUCGCCUCCCUCCAGCCGCACCGCCGGGCCUACAACUCUGACGAGUGGUGCCCCAUUCCAGAGAUCCGCAUCCUGAACGUCCAGGAGGUGAUCAACGAGAUGGCCAGCGCCGCCUACCGCCAGGAGCUGGGCCAGCUCAGGGCCAACCGACCCGGAGACCGCACGGGGGUGCCCGAGCUCGAGCACUCCAUCAGCGUGCGGACGGACCCGAACUCCCCGCGGCUGAACGAGGUGCUCCUGUUCCACGGCUGCAAGUGGGAGUCCGUCUUCGCCAUCCUCCGCGAGGGCUUCGACUCGCGGCUGGGCGGGACAAACGCGGGGGCGGCGUUCGGCAUCGGCAGCUACUUCAGCACCGUGGCCUCCAAGGCGGACCUCUACACGCAGAGGUGGGGCGACUGGCAGCGGCGGCCCGCCAUCGAGGUGCCCGGGCAGCUGCGGUCCCUGAUCCUCGCGCGCGUCGCCCUGGGCGAG